CCCAAGGAAAGGAAGGAAGGAUCCCCAUCUCCCUCGAUCCCCUUUCCUCUUGACUCGUGCCCCGCCCCGUCCGCCAUGGCUGCCUCCCCCCGUGCACGAACAUAGCUCCCCCCGCGCAGCCAUGGGCACCAAUUUCCCGCAGAGCCACCACCUCCAGACCACCCACUUGUCGCUCCCCAGGAAGCAAUUCCUCUCCUACGUCCUCUACGCCCUCCUCCCCCUCGCGCUCCUCCACUACCUGCUCUUCAACCCGCUGGCCGCGCCCAAGCCGCCGCUCCUGGCGCAGCCGCAGGCGCGCGAGGCGGCGCCGUCCCAGCACAGGCACGCGCCCGUCAAUGCGCUUGAGGAGCAGCUGCCCCCGCCCCCUCCCGCUCCCGGCCGAGGGGGCGAAGCAUUGGGGGAAACUCAAGGCGGAGACGUGUCGGCGUCAGGAUCCGCGUCGCCGCCGUGCGACUACUCCGACGGCGAGUGGGUGCCGGACGCGCGCCCGCCGCUGUACGACGGCACGAGCUGCGGCACCAUCAAGGACGGGCAGAACUGCAUGGCGCACGGCCGCCCGGACACCGGGUACCUCCACUGGCGGUGGCGGCCACGGCGGUGCGACCUCCCCGCCUUCUCCCCGGAGGCGUUCCUCCGCUGGCUCCGCAACAGGCACCUGGCCUUCGUGGGCGACUCCAUGGCGCGCAACCAGGGCGAGUCGCUGCUCUGCCUCCUCGCCUCCCGCUCCCGCCCGGACCUCGUGUACCGGGACGGCGAGGAGAACAGGUUCCGGCGCUGGGUCUUCCGGGAGCACAACGCCACCGUCUCCAUCUUCUGGUCGCCGCUCCUGGUGCGGGUCGCCGAGAAGGCGGAGCACGCCGGCGUGCGGCACAACAACGUGUUCCUCGACUCGUUCGACGAGCGGUGGAUGUCGCGGCUGGGCGGGAUCGACGCCGCCGUGCUGUCCGUCGGGCACUGGUUCCUCAUCCCCGGCGUCUACCACGACGGCGGCAGGGUCGUGGGCUGCCACGACUGCGCGGACCUCAACCGCACCGAGACGGCCUUCUUCGGCGCGUUCAAGGAGGCCGUGCGCCGCACGCUCGCCGAGGUCGCCCGGCGGCACGGCGCGGACAGCAAGCUGGUCGCGGUCACCACGUUCUCGCCGGCGCACUUCGAGGGGGACUGGGACAAGGCCGGCGCGUGCCCCAGGAGGCACCCGUACAGGGAGGACGAGAAGGGGCUGGGCUACACGGAGAAGGAGAUGAGGAGGACCGUCCUGGAGGCGGUGGCCGCCCACGCCGGCGCCGGGCCCCUGCGGUUCGCGGCGCUGGACGUGACGAGGCUGGCCAACCUGCGGCCGGACGGCCACCCGGGGCCGUACAUGCGCAGCGACCCGUUCGCCGGCGGGCCGGACGCGCGGGUGCAGAACGACUGCGUGCACUGGUGCAUGCCCGGCCCCAUCGACACGUUCAACGAGAUCCUGCUGCAGACCGUCGCGGGGUGACCGCCAGUCCGCCAUGAUAGUGAGUCGGAGACAUGUCUGAUCGUGCGCCGAGUUCAGUUAAUGAUUCUUUUGCUCGUCGGUCAGACGAUUAGGGUACGAGAUAGGUCGUAAUGAGAGCAUCAUUGGUUCCAGUCUCUGGAGAGAAGAUUUGGAGACUUUGGAGUGGUGUCCUUUGCUAUGAUAGGUUGUAACUUUCAGAAACAGAUUGCUACUAGUUAUCAGGGUUGUGUUUUGCUUGCCUGGACUCUCUUUUUUCAUCUAGGAGUACUAUAUUAUUAGCCGCUGAA